UGGAGAUGAGUGCGGGGCGCAGGAGGACUCUCACUUCAGACCAGGAUUACCCGCUGAUCUGAUGCCGAAUCCUGAUACACCAGUUGAAUCUAGUGUGAACCUCUGACGGCAAUGUCAAAACCCACUCACAUUCAGAUGUGACAAAAAGGUUUCCUGGCUCUCUUCAUUCCUCUCCUUUCUGGGUUUUUGCUCUGUUGGUUGGAAGCCAAAGCCAUUGCUCAUCUGUCGCUGAGAAAAAACUCCUUGGGUUGAGGGCUGUGAGAGCAAAGAGACUGUUUUUCUCAUGGGCAAGUUGUAACGUAAGUCAUUGGAGGCUGCAAUACAGAAAGGGCUACUGUUUCCUGAGACUGAAAAGUUCAGCGCUGUACACUCUUCCUGUCCUCAUCACCUGCUCUAAGUUGCCCAGUCCGGAGCAGCUCGCUUUCCAGAUGCUGCCAUGCCCAUCAUCAGCAACGCCAACCAUGACUUCAGCAAUCUGUCCGUCAGUGAUGACAGCAGUCUUGACCGCAUCUUCACCGAGAUCCCUGAGACUGAGACCAUCAAGGGUGUGUACUACCAGAGGGCUCAGUUCAUCCGUCGGCCAGAAGACCUGGUGUCCAUCGACCAUGGCCUACUGGCAGUGAUCAACGUUGGGGGGAACCGCUACACCUUCCCCUGGAGCACUCUGGAGCAAUUCCCCCUCACCCGACUUGGCCGCCUCUGUGGCUGCCGGUCACCUGAGGACAUAGCCAGUGUCUGUGAUGACUACGACGAAGCUCGCAAGGAGUUCUUCUUCGACCGCUCACCGUCCGCGUUCAGGGUUAUCCUCAACUUCCUGGCUGCAGGGAAACUGCGCCUCCUGCGGGAGAUGUGCGUCCUCUCCCUCCAUGAUGAACUGACGUACUGGGGUGUGGAGAUGGCAUACAUGGAGCGCUGUUGCAAGAGGAAGAUGUACACGCGUAUCGAGGAGGUGCACGAGCAGGAGCGGCGCGAGGAGGAGCGCAGGCAGAGAAACGCCAUGCAGCAUGUGACGGUGGAGGAAACAAGGUAUCGUAAGGUAAUGAACUGGCUGAGAGAUAUGGUGGAGAAUCCGCACUCUGGCUUACCGGGGAAGAUCUUCGCCUGCAUGUCGGUGAUCAUGGUUGCAGUGACUGUCGUCAGCUUGUGUAUCAGCACCAUGCCAGACCUCAGAGAGGAAGAGGACAGGGGUGAAUGUUCCUCUAAGUGCUACAACAUGUUCAUCAUAGAGACGGUGUGUGUCGCCUGGUUCUCUCUGGAGUUCAUCCUGCGGUUCAUUCAGGCCCGCAGCAAGCUGGACUUCCUCCGUGGGCCACUCAACAUCAUCGACGCCAUGGCCAUCCUUCCCUACUACGUCUCCCUGGUGGUGACAGAGGAGGAUCCAUCCCAGGAGCAUGAAAGGCCAGGAGGAGGAAAGGGCUACUUGGACAAGCUGGGCCUGGUGUUGAGGAUCCUGCGGGCGCUGAGGAUUCUCUACGUGAUGCGGCUGGCUCGCCACUCUCUCGGCCUGCAGACACUCGGGCUAACCGUAAGGCGCAGCACCCGGGAGUUCGGUCUCCUUCUGCUCUUCCUCUGCGUGGCCGUCACCCUCUUUUCCCCACUUGUCCACUUGGCUGAGAGCGAGCUCACAGGUGCCCAUGACUUCAGCAGCAUCCCUGCCUCCUACUGGUGGGCCAUUAUCUCCAUGACAACCGUAGGCUACGGCGACAUGGUACCGAGGUCCAUUCCAGGACAGGUUGUAGCCCUGAGCAGCAUCCUAAGUGGGAUCCUCAUCAUGGCCUUCCCUGCUACCUCCAUCUUCCACAUGUUCUCUCGCUCCUACCAAGAGCUCAAGAUGGAGCAUGACCGAUUGUUCAAAGAAGAGUGCGCAGCUGCUGCCGCUGCUGCUGCCACCGGGGAGCUGCAGGAGGCAGGAGGUGAAGGAGGGGGAGGGAACUCAGCUCCGCCUGGACUGGGAUUACGUCUAGAUAAGGAUAGUGUGCACUCACUGGAGUCUCUAGCCCUGCUAGGGAAAGGGGGCGAAGCUGCAGGAAAUAAUAAUCACAGCCUUCCAGCAGCAGCUUUCUGAACAGUGCUCACACUGAUUGACUCAAAACAAAACUUCCAAGAACAUAUGAGUCCUUUAAUCUCCGUCUUGCAUACUGUACUGAAGUACUGUAAAUUACUAUUGCUCUAAAGGCCUCACUCCGCACCUGGUUGUGAAGCAUCUGUGUUGCAUUGGAUAAAAAGGGAUUAAACAACAACAACAACAGCGUUUCCUUUGCUCUGCAGUCUGAUGAUAAGGAGUAUAAGUGUUCACACUAUUGACGGCACAGAACCUCUAAGACUUAAAACCCUUUAAAUUGGACUGUCCAGUCUGCCAGACCAGAAAUCCUCUGCAGCAAUAUUAGUGACCGGCUGCUUCCAUAAACAUGCAAUAUUCAGUCCAAAGUUGCUUUUCCUUUCACUGUGAAAAUACUUAUAAGCCCAACUACAACUGUUAGUUUUAUUCAUAUUACUUUUUAAUAUGUUGCCUACAGUAUGACCUGAAAAUGUGUUUCAUACUGUAUAUUCUACUUUUCUGCCAUGAAUUCAAAGAAGUGCUCCUCUCUGAUUUUAUUUUUGAGAAGCUUGAAGCCAUGUUCUGAGAAGAAAUAUAAACAAACUGACAGUUUUGACUCAUACAAGAUGUAUAUCCAUCUCUCUCUCAUGUACGUCCAUAUGCUUGGACUCAAAGAGGUGACAGUUUCUCCAUUCUCUACCUUGAACUCCAGGUAAGCUGAGUAAAGAUAUUGCAGAGGUUAUGAUCCAAACAGUUUUUUUUAAUCAGCUGAUGAGGAAAUGAAAGGAUGGAGAGAAAGAUAUCUUAUUUGAGGGGGUGUGAGUCAGAGAAAAUGAGCGCUAACAGCC